ACGUAAGUAGGUCGUCAACAUGGACGGCGUUCUAUUCAGUUUUAGAUACUUAGAUUUGAUAUUCGUUAUUGCAUCUUUAUUUCUUUUAUUGGUAUGGAUCAGAUCAAGGAGACCAUCUGACUAUCCACCAGGACCAACACCUAUCCCAGUUAUUGGAAACUUUCAUAACUUAGCAAAUAAGGAUUUUAUGCAAUCACUGCGUGAACUCAGGCAAAAAUACGGAGAUAUAUUUAGUCUUUCGUUGGGAACGUUUUGGAUUAUUGUAGUGAAUGGCAAUGAUAAUUUAAGAGAAAUUCUGGUAAAAAGAGGAGAAAAAACAUCGGAUAGACCAACAUUUUUCGUAUUCAAUCUAGUUAAGAAUAAAGGAAUAAUAUCUGCAAGUGGUCCUAGUUGGAAACAUCAAAGAACCUUUGCUUUAUCAAAACUACGUGACUUUGGAUUCGGAAAACGAAGUUUUGAGUCAAAUAUACACGAGGAACUAGAAAUAUUUCUGAAUGAACUGGAAAAGUAUAACGAGCAACCUUUUGAUAUAUCAGAAAUAAUUCAUACAAGCAUGUCGAACAUAGUCAUGGCCAUCACCGUUGGACGACGAUUCGACUAUAAAGAUCCCGAAUUUUCAUAUUUUGUACAACUAUUAAAUGAAAAUUUUAACAAUGCUGCAGUUUUGGGUCCAGUAAACUUUAUUCCUAUUCUUGAAAAGUUGCCAGUUGACAUUUUUGGUGCAAAGCGAAUGGCGAAGAAUGCUGAGCGAUCAGACGCUUUCUUUCAAAAUGAAAUAAAUGAACAUGAAAAGACAUUGGAUGAAAAUAACAUUAGAGAUUUCAUUGAUGCAUACCUAGUUGAGCUCAGACGGGAAAGAGAUACUGCUAACUACUUUUCUGGUGAAAAUUUGUUAUCAACGAUUGGCGAUCUAUUCGCAGCUGGAACGGAAACAACAGCAACAACCAUAAGGUGGGCUUUAUUGUACCUAUUGAACAAUAUGGACAUUCAGCAGAAAAUGUGGAAGGAAAUUAAUGACAUGGUGGGUAGUGGGCGACUGCCAUGUUUGUCCGACAAACCAAACCUUCCUUACUGUGAAGCUGUUAUUCUUGAAUCACUCAGACUUGGAAAUAUUGUUCCCUUUUCAGUUCCACACACCGUAUCAGAGGAUAUAUACUAUAAAGGAAUGAAGAUUCCAAAGAACUCAGUCAUAUUCCCAAGUCUCGAUUCUGUGGUGUAUGAUGAGAGCUUAUUUCCAAAUUGUCACAUUUUUUAUCCUGAACGUUUUAUUGAUGAAAAUGGAAAACUAAGUGGUCAGGAGAAAAUCCUAACUUUCUCAUUGGGUCGGAGAGUCUGUCUUGAUGAAUCUUUAGCAAGAAUUGAGUUAUUCUUAUAUCUAACAGCUCUUGUUCAGAGAUUUCAGUUCUUGCCUCCAAAGGGCGACAAUCCACCACCUGUAGAAGGAAAACUAGGCGUUACGUAUUCACCGAUCCUUUAUAAGAUAAGAGCAGUUCGGCGAGAUAAUUAACAGAUUCUAUAUUUUAAGGCAAAAUAUUUGGUAAUUUUACAAAACUUUUUUUCGAAAUAAUUUAGUAUUUUUACAAAGUAACACGAUUUCUAUAAUAAAGUGGGAUUGAAAAGGAAAAAAAAACGUUUCUAAUUUAACAAUAUAUAAAUUGUGCGACUGUCAUACAAGUGAGAGGUUUGGCUAACUAUAAAACCAGGUUUAGUCCACCAUUUUCUGCAUAAGGAAAUGUCUGUACCAAGUCAGAAAUAUGACAGUUGUUUUCCAUUCGUGUGAUGUGUUUGAGCUUUUAAUUUUGCCAUUUGGUAAAGGACUUUCCGUUUUGAAUUUUCCUUGGAGUUCGAUAUUUUUGUUAAUUUGCUUUUUAUAAGAUCAGAGCAGUUAGGCGAAGUUAAUUCUAAUCAACAGAUCCUUUAUAAGAUCAGAGCAGUUAGGCGAAGUUAAUUAAAAUCAACAACGUGUAUACAGAGAAAAAUGUUGUCCAAAAGAAAUUAUUGAUAUAGAUAAAACACAACUGUUACAAUACAUGCUAAACAUAUUGAAAUAUUUCUGAAACAAAUAAGUGAAUGUUAUAAAUAAUCAUCUUUCACAAAGACGUACAUAUAUAUAAUAACUGGGAAAAAAUAGUUUACUGAUAUAUAUAUGUAGAAUAAGAAACUAUUUAAGCCAAAAUCGUUAAGCUUAUGUUAGAAAAAAAGCUUUUAAUUUGAUUGUGUUAUUAUUAUGAACUCAAAUUCAC